AUGGGGACGGCUUUCGCAAUCGCUUUAGUAUUUUUUGGAUGUUGUAGUAAUGUGGUGUUUCUGGAGCUGCUCGUAAGAGAUUUUCCAGGAUGUGGCAAUAUUGUCACUUUUGCACAGUUUUUGUUCAUUGCCCUGGAAGGGUUCAUUUUUGAAAGUAAGUUUGGUACAAAAAAAACGGCCAUCCCAAUAAGAAACUAUAUUAUCAUGGUGACGAUGUUCUUCUUUGUGAGUGUGGUGAAUAACUAUGCACUGAACUUCAAUAUUGCCAUGCCGCUGCACAUGAUCUUUAGAUCUGGCUCACUUAUAGCCAAUAUGAUCCUGGGUAUAAUUAUACUGAAUAAAAGGUACAGUGCCAGUAAAUGUAUAUCUAUAGCACUAGUAUCCAUCGGCAUUUUCAUAUGCACAAUUAUGUCAGCCAAACAAGUGCAAAACACUGUUAAUGAUGGAUCAGAUGAUGGAGUUUAUGCAUUUGUCCACUGGCUAAUAGGUAUUGCAAUGUUGACUUUUGCCCUGCUGAUGUCGGCGAGGAUGGGCAUUUUCCAGGAGACUUUAUAUAAAGAAUAUGGCAAACACCCCAAAGAAGCUCUGUUUUAUAAUCACUGCCUUCCUCUUCCUGGCUUUCUGUUGCUUUCCACUGACAUCUACAGACACUGUGUUUAUUUCAGCCAGAGUGCUCCCAUGACUGUUCCAGCGGUCGGACUGACGGUUCCCAUAAUGUGGUUCUACCUGUUUAUGAACGUCAUCACGCAAUACGUUUGCAUUCGCGGCGUCUUCAUCUUGACCACCGAGUGUGCCUCCCUCACCGUCACGUUGGUCGUCACUUUGAGAAAGUUUUUGAGCCUCAUCUUCUCCAUCUUGUAUUUCCAAAACCCCUUCACCGCGUGGCACUGGGUCGGCACUGGGGUGGUCUUUUUGGGGACCCUCCUGUACACAGAGGUCCUGGGCAGUUUGCACACAGCCCUCCUCGGACCACCUGCCAAAGACAAGAAAAAGGAAUGA